AUUUGGUAAACUGUUGGAUUCCUUUUGUAAAUUAUUUUCUUUUUUGUUGCUGCUCCUAUUCUUUUGUAUAUAUUGUUUAACUGCGCCCUGUACUCCAUCAUCGUAUACUCUUCCCUUAUAUGACAGUAUUGGAUUUUAAAGCGUUAUAUCCAUCCAUUAAACUAGAGCCUUGUUUUUGCCACUUAAGAGAUUUCUUGUUAAACAAAAUCAAAAAUACAGAAAAGAAGAGAAAACAGAUACUAGAGCUGACGCAUCUAACCACAUAUUCGUCGAUAUUUAACUUCAAAGGAGUCACAUAUGCGCAGCAGAAAGGUGUAGCAAUGGGAAGCCCAAUAGCAGGUACGCUAUGUGAAAUGGUUUUAAGAACAUUAGAGAACAACAUCAUACCAAAAUAUGGAAUGCAAAUCGUAUUAUAUGCUCGGUAUGUCGACGACGUGCUUAUCAUAUGGAAAGCAAAACCAAUACUACAGCAAUUUAUAAAAGACAUCAAUGACAACAAUUUUGGCCUAGAGAUUGAGCUGGAACAAGAAAAUGAUAAAAUUAUACAUUUUCUGGAUUUAUCAUUACAAAUAGAUAAAGGGGAUAUAACUACAAAGGUGUACAGAAAGCCUACAUAUAACCCAUUAUUUAUUCCCUGGAAUUCUCACGACCCAGCAACCUAUAAACUUGCAGCUUUCAGGGCGCUCAUAGCAAGAGCGCACUCGCACUGUAGCAAAAGGCAAGAUAGAAAUGAAGAGAUGCAAUAUAUAAAAAAGCUAGCAAGGCAGUUUGGGGUUAACAUUAAGGCUAUAACCAACAAAACAAAAACAGGCAGCAACGAGCUCAAUCUAAGAAAUAAAAGGGAAGAGUAUACGAUGAUGGAGUACAGGGCGCAGUUAAAUAAUAUAUACAAAAGAAUAGGAGCAGCAACAAAAAAGAAAAUAAUUUACAAAAGAAAUCCAACAGUUUACCAAAUGUUAAGAACAGACAAAGACGAGGUAGACGGAAACCUUCUGCCCGGAGUAUACAGAGUUCCAAUAACAGAUAAAAGGCGACAGAAAGAGCUGUUUUACAUUGGAGCUACAGGGAGAUCGCUCAAAGAAAGAAUGAUAGAGCACAAACGAAACAUACGAAAUGAGCAGCCAGUCACAGCGCUAGCGACAUACAUCCUAGCAGACCCUACAGAAGUUAAAGCAGAGUGGGAUAAGGCAAAGUUAAUACAAAAAAUUCACGACAAAAGGCAUCUCAAAUACGCAGAGGCGUGGCAUAUUUGUAAAAAUAGUCAAGAAGGACAAGCAAUUAACUUUAGAGAAGCAAGUAAAAUAUCGGAAGCAUGGAGAUCGAGCUUAAUAUAACGGAGCGAAAUAAUAGAAAUAGCAAGACAAAUUUUGGAAAAGCAUGCAUAUGAAAGGUGCAAUCGGGCUACACGUGCAUUAUUAUUAGUGAUUUUAUGGUUAUAUUUAGCAUUGUUGUCUUUAUUUAUGUUAGGUUCAUAUAUGUAUGGUUUGAUGUAUCGUAUUAGUGGUUAU